GUCGGGAGAUGAGGAUGACUCAUACCUGGCUGGCUGGUGGCCCCUCAGAUACAGGUGAUGUGGCUGAAGCAAAUAGAGGGAACGGAGGCGGCCCUGACCCAGAAGAUGCUAGACUUGGAGAAAGAGAAGGACCUAUUCAGCAGGCAGAAGGGCUACCUGGAGGAGGAGCUAGACUACCGGAAGCAAGCCCUCGACCAGGCUUACCUGAAAAUCCAGGAGCUGGAGGCCACGCUGUACGAUGCACUGCAGCAGGAGCCGGGGCGGCGGGCCAGCGAGGCGCUGAGCGAGGGCCAGCGGGAGGACCUGCAGGCCGCCGUGGAGAAGCUGCGCAGGCAGAUCCUGCGGCAGAGCCGGGAGUUUGACAGCCAGAUCCUGCGGGAGCGCAUGGAGCUGCUGCAGCAGGCCCAGCAGUCGUUGGAGAGCUAG